AUGGAUUGGUGGUCCCUUAUUUGGUUCAAUCAAGCUAUUCCAAAAAAGGCCUUCUUGCUUUGGUUGGCUGUUCGUAAUAGGCUCACAACGGUUGAUCGCCUUCCGACUUGGGGAUACAAAGGUGAUACUCAAUGCUGUUUUUGCAGACAUGGUACUGAAAGCAGAGAUCAUCUAUUUUUCAAUUGCAGCUUUAGCUCUCAGAUUUGGGAGAUUUGUAUGAAAAGACGUAAUUUUUCGAAUCCCCUUCUUGACUGGCAGAAUGUGGUAGAAGAAUGUAGUAGGAAGUGUAUUUCGAAGAAGCUGAAAAGUGUUCUCUGUAGGCUGGUUUUGAGCUCCAGUGUUUACAAUAUAUGGAGAGCUAGAAAUGAGAUUAAGCAUAAUGGAAGACCAAAAACAGAGGAGCAGAUUCUUAGAAGUAUUUUUCCGGAAGUAAGGACUAGAAUUUCUGGCAAAGGCAACUUCAAGAAGAAUGAAGAGAAUGUCAAUAUUUGCCUAAGCUGGAAUAUUGAUUUGUCUAUACCGGUUUGA